GACUUGAGGAUCCGCCCAACAUCUCUAUUCCCGUUCGUCUAGAAUUCGGAACACUGUAUAAAGGAAUAGAGAACGACCAACCUUAGACCAAAUCACCGUUCGUUCGCCCCGCAGCUGCGCUAUACCGCUGCAAUCCGAUUCGGAUCUUGCGUCAUAUUUUAUCCAAAGAGAUCAGAAAACAAGGCGAAGGCCGACCAGUUAGCAGCAUUAUAAUCGGAUUGGAAUAAGCAUAAAAAGUUAUGAUCAGAUGAGCAUCACAAGUUCGAUCUAGACUGGAAUCAUGAGAACCAACAACAACAAUAUUAACAACUUCAGGUGGUGGUCGUGUGAUCAUAGGUACCUUCUCAUCGUAGCUGCCCUGACCUUUAUCUACAUUCAGAUGCGGCUUUUUGCAACACAAUCUCAACAUGCUGAUCGGCUUGCAGCCGCAAUAGAUGCAGAAAACCAUUGCACAGGUCAGAUGCGAUCGCUCAUUGACCAGAUUAGUCUGCAGCAAGGACGAAUUACAGCGCUUGAAAAGGAUAUGAAGCGUCAAAGUCAAGAAUGCCAACACCUAAGAACUCUUGUUCAAGACCUCGAGGGUAAGGGCAUGCAGAAGUUGAUAAGCAAUACCCAGGCUCCAGUAGCAGCUGUUGUUGUCAUGGCUUGUAGUCGUGCUGACUACCUCAAAAAGACUAUUCAGUCUAUUCUAAAAUAUCAAACUUCUGUUGCUUUGAAAUUUCCAAUUUUCAUAUCCCAGGAUGGUUCACAUCCUGAUGUUAAAAGGCUAGCUUUGAGCUAUGAUCAGUUGACGUAUAUGCAGCACUUGGAUUAUGAACCUGUACACACAGAAAGACCUGGAGAAAUUAUUGCAUAUUACAAGAUUGCACGUCAUUACAAGUGGGCAUUGGAUCAGCUCUUUUACAAGCAUAAUUUUAGCCGUGUUAUCAUACUGGAAGAUGAUAUGGAAAUUGCCAUUGACUUUUUUGACUAUUUUGAGGCUGGUGCCAUUCUUCUUGACAGCGACAAGUAGGACAUUGUUCAUGCUUUCAAGUCAAUUAUGGCUAUUUCUUCGUGGAAUGACAACGGGCAAAAACAGUUUGUUAAAGAUCCUUAUGCACUUUUCCGUUCAGACUUUUUCCCUGGUCUUGGGUGGAUGCUCUCAAAGUCUACAUGGGAUGAAUUAUCUCCCAAAUGGCCAAAGGCAUAUCCUUUUUGGGAUGAAGCAUUUAUUUUUUGAAAAAUUAAUGAACUAUGUUUUCUUUUGAAUCCUCAAGCAUUUUUCUUUAACCUAAUUUUCACUUAUUGGGAUGAUUGGUUGAGACUGAAAGAGAACCACAAAGGUCGUCAAUUUGUUCGCCCGGAAAUUUGCAGAACAUACAAUUUUGGGGAGCAUGUAAGUCUAUAGUAACAAUUUUCUAUAUUUCCCACCAGGUAUUCUCUAGGUUUAAGGUUCUACAAACACAAUCAAGCUUUCUAUAGUAAGUUGCUGUAUCAAGAGGGGACUUUAGGAAAGGCAGAGUUGACAGUGUUGGUUCGCACACAUUUGGCAUCAAGAUUCAAGAGGCAUGUGACCUAAUUACCUAGUACAAAGAGAGGGAGUCUGAAAUGCUAUGUACUUGAGGAGUUUUGGUAGACUUAAAAUGACAUGGAUAGAAGGUGUAAAAGAACAUUUGUCUGUCAAGGUUUGAAGGUUUCAUGAGGAAACACUUCCACUUGAGUUGAUAAGAUUAAUGUUUACGGUGGGCGGAGCAUAAUGAAUUAUCCUAAUUAUGUUUUCAAACUUUUAACAUUUUCCAAAAAUAUCCCAAAUUUCCCAUUUGACGAGGGUCUUCACAGAAAUACCCCCUCUAUUCUUAGUGGUAGAUGUAAGGUUUGCGUAG